AUGGUGAGAACCAGGAAUCAAAGAAUGGGACAUUUACCUCGAAAAGGAACAACUGAUAGCACCUCAAAAUACACUGGCACCGGAGAGUCUUCAAACCCAGUGUGCGUCGAAGAAGAAAACCCCACCAACAUUGCGAUGAACCCUGUUCCAAUAUCCAGAGUACCAUUCGGCGAACCUCAAGAACAUAGCAUCAAUCCACCAGGUAACUCGAAUCUUCCUCUGAUUAACCAUGAAGAACCUCCCACGACCAUGCCCAUUGCGGCUAAUUUUGGAGACAACAGGAUCGUUGAUCCAAACGAUUUAGUGGUACAACUCCAGUUUGCCAUAAAUCGAGGCUGGGAACCUUAUAUGUCCUCCUACGUUAGCUCCGAAGAAGAGGACAAUCCAAGGGAAUCAGAAUUUGAGGGUCAUGAAGAUCCUCAAAACCACGAGGUCAACUGUCCCUCGAGCCCUAAAAAUGAUGAACAUAUCACAACUGAUAAAACCCCCAAUCCAAUCUCUCGGGUCAACAAAAACCCUAGAAAGAGGAAGAAGAAUGACCCGUAUGAAGGAGCAGAUCCAAGGGCCAAAAGGCCAAGCGACUUUCCAAUACGAGCAGGACCUCCACAAAGACCACCAAACAUUCCACCAAAACCUGAAAAAUCCAAGAAAACAAGAAAAGAAAAUACAGAGGAUGAACAAAACUGGUUACCAAAUGAAGAAAUUGAGUCCUCUGGCUGUGAAAGAUUGAGAACUCGAGCCCAAAAGAGAACCAACCUAGAAGCUAAUAGGGAGAGAAAACAAAAACAGCCUACCAAAGUGGAUAAGGCAUCUACCAAAGGAAAGGGGAAACAAAAGGCAUCUACCAAAGAAAAGGGGAAACAAAAAGUGGUUAGAAGUGAUGACAUGUCAAACCUACCUAAACCACACAGUACAACCUUUUUAAGCAAGGAAUCUGGAAAGCUAUGGAAAAGAAUUGUGGAGAAAAAGAUCAUAAACCAAAAACUACUUGUCACAGAUAAACUAGACAACUCAGAGCAGAUUCAAGAAGUUAUAAUCUCAAAUCAACUCCUGGGAACAGUCACCAACAUAGAACCUUAUGAUGAAGAAGUCAUCCAGGAAUUCUAUUGUAACCUAACCAAAAACACUACAAUACCUAGUAGUCCUAUGUAUGGGAAGGUAUACUUGAGAGGCAAAUUCUAUGAGUUUACACCAGAUAGAAUCAACAACUACCUAGGAACACUUGAGACUGAACAAGAGAUGGAACUAAACAGUGAACAAGUUGCCAAAGAGCUUACAACAGGUAAUGUCAGCUUUGAAAAGAACAAAAUCAAAGCAGCUUCUCUAACUAGCAAAUAUGCCAUCCUCCAGAAGAUAGCUCUGGCAAACUGGAUGCCCUCACUCCAUGAAUCCACUGUAAAAUGGACAUUAGCAGAGCUGUUGUACAAGAUAGGGAAAGGGGUGAAAAUCAACAUGGGUGUCAUUAUUCAUACACAAAUCACAAAUUUAGCAGAAGACACUAAAUCCAACACCUCCCUGAUCUUUCCAAACCUCAUCUUUGCCAUCUUGACAAAACAAGGCCUCAAAACUCAAGGACCAAAAACCACUGUCAAGAACAUCAACACUACAGUCAAACUAAGAAAGGGAAACCACCAAAAUGACUUAAAGUCCUCUGCUCCAAAGAGCAAUCCACUUGAUUCCAAGACACUAAUCAAUUACUUUGAGGGCAGACUGACAGAAUUAGAAGCCUCAGAAAAACAACUUCUAAGAAAACACAUGAACAUCAAAGAGGAAAAAGCAGAAAUAAUAGAAUGGCUGGCAAUCCUAAAAGCAGAAAAUGAAGAAGAUCAAGAACAAGGAACAGAAGAAGAUAUUAUUACUCGCAUAUCUGUUGUUCAUCUGCAUACUGGCAUUCGACAAUCUCUCUAA